AUGAACGGCGAAGAUCCCGCGGAACGGCCCGACUACAUCACCACCGUCAUCAAUGGCCUCGAGCGCUACAACCCCGAGGCUGUUGGUACGCUCGAGAGCUACCUCCAGGAGCAGUGCGACCAGAAGUUUGCCGACUGCAAUGCGAACCGGACGCUGUUGAAGCUCCCGCCCAAAAACUACAGCUACCAGCUCAACCCCGACCGCAUGAAGGAUGAGGUCGUCACCAACGUCCUCGUCAAGGCCAUGACCCAAUUCCCCUCGUCCCAGUUCAUCCUCGCCCUCCACCUCAUCAACCCCUCGGCCGCCUCCACCGGCGAGCUCCACGAGGCCAUCACCAAGCUCCGAUCCCUCAACUCCCAGCUCCAGGGCGCCCAGUACGCCGACUUCUGGGCCGACCUCGACGGCGACGACCUGUGCGCCGACCUCAUCGCCGACAUCUCCGGCUUCGAGGACCUCGUCCGCGAGCGCAUCGCCACCCUCGUCUCACACGCCUUUCGCGAAAUCAAGCUCUCACACAUGGUCUCAUGGCUCGGCUUCAACGAGGACAAGACCCGCAAGUUCCUCACCGAGGUCGCCGGCUGGACCAUCGACGACGACGGCAACGUCAAGAUCCCUUCCAACCCCGACAACGAGGCCAAGAAGUCGGAGAUUCGCGAGGACGUCAACGUCGAUCAGUUUGCGAGGGUGAUUAGACGGUCUUGGGAGGAAACCGUAUAA